AUGGAGCUGAUUCUAGAUAGGAGUGCUCGUACACUCCUCCUCCCUAUUAUUCAGCGUCUAGUGUUACCAGGCACCACCAUUCACACAGAUGAAUGGGCGGAAUAUAGCCAAAUAUCACAAUUGGGAUACAUACAUCAUAGAGUGAACCAUUUGAAUGAUUCCGUCGACCCUGUCACCGGUACUCAUAAUAAUUCCAUCGAAGGUUUCUGGGGAAGAUUAAAAAAUAGAAUAAAAGCUAUAAAUGGUUUUCAAAACCAAGUUAUUUUUAGUCAUCUGGAUGAAUACAUGUAUAGAAAUUGGUUCAACUUAAAAACUGAAACCCCAAUACAAAAUUGGGAGAUAUUUUUAUCUCAUAUUAGAGAAAAAUAUCCUGUUUAA